UAAAACCAGCCAUCAUAGAGUGAAAACUGAAAGGACAUUAAAAUACAUCCAAAAACUAACCUAAAAAAAAAUAAAAUAAAAAAAAAAUAUGAACGAUAAAAUAAUAUAAUAACUUAGGUAUUUUAAAAAUUGACUUUUGUGUUAUCUUAUUUAGCUACUGUAGUUUUCUGUAACUUGUGUUGACCUUCAGUUGACUAUUUUUCCCAUAAAUGCUUUAAAAAUUCCAGCUGACAAAAUAUAUAUAUUAAAAGCCUCUGAUGCCAAUGCACUUUUAAACAUAUUAUACCUGGUUGAUAUUGUGAAAUGAAUUAUUUAAUUUUAUUGUCAUAAUUUUCUGAAGAAUCUGAAUGUUCAUGUGGUGUAGGGCUCUUAGCUGUAAUGUAUAGCUGUUCAGAAUUCUGUUUGCACAGUCCACACACUGAUCAAAGACCUAUUCCUGGAAGUAUUGUCAAACAAGAUACUGUGCUUUUGGAUUUGUGUGUGAACACUAAAUCCCCACAUUGCAGAGGUGCUAAACAUGUUUUCCCUAUAAGAUGAUGGACUAGUUUGUAACCGCAUGAAAUCCACUGCUAUACUCUAUAAAUAAAAAGUGAUAUAGAUAGGAGAUAUGGAAAGUAGGAAAGGAGAUAUAUUUAGCCUCAAAUUCAAUGUAACAUUGAAGACUUGUCAAAGUGCUACCCAAUAAUCUGAUACUAGAGGCUGUAUAAAUAUACAGAAAAGAUGUACACUUUGUAAAGCUGCAGAGUUGUGUCCUUUCUGCAUCUCUAGGCAGCCACUCAAAGCAAAGUUCCCCUGAUAGUAGGCGACUAAAAUUAGUGAGCCCCUAUGACUGUCUUGGCCUAGCGUGUCAGAUUCCAUUCACAGACUCUGUCUAUGCUAACACAGCACCUGCUGCUAGCUGUUACAACCUAUUAAGCUUGGUAGAGACGGGCACCUAUGUCCAAGCAGGAUUAAAGCUUCAGGUCAGGUUCAACAAGUCAAUUUUUUUUUUUUUUCGCAUGCUUGUCUUUCUUUACUUUUUACCCAAAGUGGUGUCAAUUAAUGUCUGAAAUAGCCAGGCUCCAUGAAAUUGGAAAGGACUAGGGGCUGGACAUAUCUGUGCUGAGUGGCCCAUUUUAAUGAAGGGUCAGUUUGGCACUCUGAAACCAGGACCCCCUGUUGGAGCCUCAUUUAAGCUCAUGAUACAGUACUGAAAGUUCUCUGGAGGGGCUGGCAUGCUAUUCCAUUCAAACUGGCAACAUGAAAAACACAAGGAAAAGGUCUAAAAAUAUUAAACUGCUGAAUAACCAGUGGUGUACACUGCAGUUCUAAAGGACAGAGGCAGUAAUAAACAGCUUAAAAGACACAACCCAAUGUCUCCGGUAUCUGGAGUGAAGAAAUGGAACGCUGGGUUCUAGAAGGAGAUAGCUACUCGUUUCUUAGCAGUGCUCCACACACAUUCAACCUGCAAAAUCGGGAUGGCCCGAAUCAUGUAGAGAUCUUUGACAUCACUGCUAUCCCCAGCCAUCGUAGUGCCAUAUCUGAAACAACCUGCCUUUGUGACAUUUUUGGAGAUGACGGUGAGUCUCCGUCACUUUCAAGUAGCCCUGUGUCUGCCACAUUUCUCAGGAGGGCAGUGGAUCAGCGUUUUCCAACAGAAAAUGCAAAUGACCCUUCAGGGUCUUAUCACACUGCCAAUGAAUCUGACUUAGGUGGCACACCUUCUCCAAAUUUAAAGGAUUUUUCCACUUCUGAGACCUGGGAAUCAAGUUCACUACCAAUUGAAUUAACAAUCUUGUCAGAUUCCAAAAAUGGGCUUAACCCUCUCGAGUGCACACCACCUGCAACCAAAGUGAAUGAUGACUUUUCACAUACAGAUAACUGGGCAGAACCUCAAGUGUCAGUGAGCUCUACCCCAGUGAAUAAAAUAGAAAAUACAAAUGCGUCCGAACCACAGGAUAUUAAUUUAACACCAGAUACUAGUUUGAUAAAUCCAGCAAAGGAGCCUUCUGAUCCCUCAGGUAAAACUAGUAUAACAUCCUCCUCUUUAGAGGACAGAGAGCCUGCUUUCCUUGACCAAGAAGGAAUUUUUGCAACAUGUCAACAUACAAGUACAAACAUAUCUUUAGAAAGACAAGGCUGCCUACCCAUAUAUGAGUCUACUAAAUGUGCAUCCUCUCCACAAAUAAGUUUGGAAGAAUCUUCACCUGAGCUAAAUAAUGUGGUCUCUUCUGAGAACAAAGAAAGUAUGAACUGUCAUAGUUCACACGAGGAAAGCUUCCACCUUGCAAAAGAGACAAUUAAUAGUGUCACCCCAUCACAAUGGUCAAACGCUUCUCAGACAGUCCGUAUCUUUAGCCCAAUUCAGGAAAUGUCUACUUCACCUGAAAACAGAGAUAUUAAUUUCAUACCUGUGCCCAGUAUCAGUCCUGAGCUCAAAGUAAAUGUCACUUCACCUGUAAGCAAUGAAAUUAGCUUCACACCUGUGUCCACAGGUAAAUCUUCACCUGAGCUGCUGCAUUUGUGUUCAAAUCAAAUGGGGAAUACCUCAGAGUUUCCAGGCUUGGAGGAUACCUACAUUGCAUCUUCAAAUGUAUCUACUCCUCCUACAAAUGAUAAUGGGGAAAUAGAUUCCCUAACUGUGUCAGCCCCUUCCAGAGAAACAAAAGAGCUGGUGUUUUCAUCCAAUCAGAUAUCUGCCUCUGCAGAUGUCAAAGCAUCGCCUGAGAUCAAUGAGAUUUUAUUUCCUGAUAACUCAGCACCAGCUCACUCACCAGAACCAGUAAUAAUUCACUCACCUAUGGGUUAUACCAUUAGCCCGUUGCCUAUAAAUGAGAGAAAGGUUUAUUCAACUGAACCUGAAGCCUCAUCAUCCUCCACUGUUGUCACAGGGAUUGAUAACAGUGAUAUCUGCUCAUCACCUGAUCAUUUGGUUUUAGAUCGCUCACCAGAACCAGUAAUGAUUCACUCACCAAUGUGUUAUACAAUUAGUCCAUCACCUACACAGGAAAGAAAUGUUAAUUCAGCUGAACCUGAAGCUUCACCAUCCUUCCCCAUCAUCGCAAGAUUUGAAAACCGUGAUAUCCGCUCAUCUCCUAAACACUGUAAAGUUCUAGCUUGCUCGCCAGAACCAGCAAUAAUUCACUCACCUGUGGGUUAUACAAUUAGUCCAUCACCAACAAAUGAGAGAAAUAUUAAUUCAACUAAAUCUGAAGCUUCACCAUCCUCCCUUGUCAUCACAGGGACUGAUAAAAGUGGUAUCUGCUCCACUCCUGAGCACUCGGUUCUAGCUCAUUCACCACAAUCAGUAAUAAUUCACUCACCUAGGGGUUAUUCCAUUAGCCCAUCUCCUAUAAAUAAGAGAGAAAUUUAUUCAACUGAACCUGAAGCCUCACCAUCCCCCCCUGUUGUCACAGGUAUUGAUUACAGUGAAAUCUGCUCCUCUCUUGAUCAUUCAGUUCCAGCUCAUUCACCAGCACCAGUAAUAAUUCACUCACCUUUGAGUUAUACUGUUAGCACAUCACCAACAAAUGUGAGAAAGUUUUAUUCAAUAGAGCCAGAUGACUUACCAUCGUCCCCUGUCGUGACAAGGUUUGAUUAUGCAGCAACACCAACAUACAGUAGGGAUUCCACACCUGAGUUAAGGAGCAUUACCUCCACUCCAAACAGCAGACUAAACUACCUUACACCUGAACCAACAUCUCCAGCACCUUCACUAGAUCUGCGAUCAGUCACCUGCUCACCUGAAAUCAAGACAAUUACAUGCAGUGUUCUGUCACAAAAUACAAAAUCCCCAGUGAUUGGAGGCAUCACAUAUAGUGUUGUUUCACCAAUUGAUGUUUUGGCAAAGUCACCUGAGGCUCAUUUUAGAAAUGAUGCCUCCAUCUUGCCUACCUCAAGGGAUUUUUUGUCAACACCAGGGAGCAGAUCAAGGCCUUCAUUAUCUGCUUUAAACCAUACCAGAGAUACAACAUUAUCCCCUGAUCUUCAACUAAACCUGGAGACUUCCAUCCCUUUUGAACAGACAGAAAAUCAACUUUUAUCAAUUAUCUGUGAUGAAAUGAAUCCUCCUUCCCUUAACCCAAUAAACAGCAGUCAUUUUGAUGACCCUCCUUGCUCAGAGACGUUCAAAAGGAGUGAAUCAGUCCUAGAGGAAUGUAGAGACAUUGGACCACAAGUGCUCAGGCAAAUGCAGAUCUUGCAGGAUUUACCAUCUAAACCCUUAAAUCCUGGAUCACCAAUAGUACAAAUGGAAAAAAUUAAGGAAAUUGUUGAUGACGGCACAGCUGAUUCAAACACGUGUGGAGCACCAACCUCCCGAAGUCCAUGUGCCUCAUCUGUGUCAAUGCCAGUGGCAUCUGUGGUGGAGAAACAAUGCUUGGAGGUUUAUGACAGUAACAGUGGGACAGAGAUUUUAAAGAAUGAUUCUCCCAGUAGUGACAAGAGGCUUAGCCAAGUGCCUAUAGCAUUGAGGGAAAGCCCGAGGGCUAUCCGUAGAGACAGUGGUGGAGAAUAUGACAGGAAGCCACGCAGGGAGAAAGAAAGUGAAAAUAGGGAGGGAGAUCAACAUGUAUUGGGAGAAGGGGAGGAGACUAUGUGUGAGAGUAGUUACAGAGGGGAACAGGUUGAGCUGUCAUUCAGUUCCAGAAAUAGUAAAGGGCCUGCAGGCCACAGCCCAGCUCCCUCAAGUCGAGACCCAAAGUUGGGAAUUCCAGCUUGCUGUUAUUUUGAGUCACACCCAACAACUCUGCAGCAACAGAAUCAGUUCAGAGCACAGGGCUCACAACAAGAGGACAAGGGUGGUGCCAGGAGGGUCCAAUCAGCUCUCCAGGAUAUAUACAGCAGUGCAGGCUUUCUUACCACAGAGAAUACUGUUGAGACCUCCAGCAUGGGAAGUGAGUUUGAUGAGGCAGACAAUGAGGUAAAAUGGCUUACAGAUCUGGCCUUCAGAAGCCUAUCAAGCCCUCAGGUGGAUUAUUUGGAUGUGAACAAUUCAAGCCACAGGUCAUCUACAAAUGUUUCGCAGCCAUCAACCAUGGAUAGCCCUGGUGCUGUUGCAUGGAUGACCUACGCAGACUUAAGUAGCUCAGUGUUCCAUGAAAAUGAUGACUUGUUCCACAGUUCCUCAUUUUUACCCUGUGAUGGCGCAGACCCGAAGAAAUGCUUUGAGAUGGAGAGUUUUGAGUGUGUGGAUGUUGCAUUAGAGAGCAAGGAAGAGUCCAGCAGGGGAAAGAGGACAGUACCCAAAAGGCAGAUACAGUUGUUAAGGCGGAACACAGAUGAAUCAAAAACCAAAGGGAACGCUAAAAAUGUUUUGGAUUCACGCUCAAAAGACAUCCUUGUUCGUCAACACAGCACACCAGCUUCUGUGCAGGAGGUCAUGUCCAGAGAGGACCCAAAUUCAUCUAAAAAUGUUAGGAAAAGGAUAUUGCAGAAGUCUGCGUCUUUAGAUGAUGCCUCUUCUAAGACCCAAAUUGCCUCCUCCAUUAUCAAGAGCGUGGUGUCAAAGAAAAUGCAGGAUGCACAAAAGGAAACAUCAUGUAGUGAAGACCCAAGUCCAUCUGAAGAUAAAAACAAACAUCCUUAUAUCAGUCCCAGCUUCUUUGAUGGUCUACCAAGUAACAUGGAAAAGCAUAGCUUAAGUUCUAGCCAACAUUCUGAAUGUACUCUUUUAUCUGAAGAUUUUUCUGACAGAGAGGAGAGAAAUACACAUCAGCAGCUGAAGAAGUGUACCCCAAAAGUUCCUCCAAAACCAAUAUUGAGACCUGCAUUCAUUAACACUGGGGAAGCUGGGCUAAUGGAAAACUUAUUGUGGGAUGAAAUCAGGCCUAAAAAGGCUAUUCCAUUUGAAGACAAAGUCCGCAAGAAUGAUGCAAAGAAGGGAGGAGGUGGCAACCUAGGAAAGCGGUACAAUAGUGACUCAGCAAAUGCCAGUGCCAGGACCACAAGUGUUGCUGUUGCCACUCAAGCAGUAAGCAUGCAGAGCAGAACAAUAAGCAGAGACACAGAGUGCCAAAUGGCACCAGAAACCCAAAGACAACGGGGUGGUAGGAAUGUAUUUAUGUCAAAAUCCCCAGAAAUAACUCUGAAACCUUCCACUAUAAAAGAGAAAAAGAAGUCUUCUCUGAAAGUUUCUUUAUCCCCUGACAUAGAACUGUCCAGAGAAAUGUGUGAAUCCCAGUCCGUUGAAAAAUCUGCAGACGAUAUAAGCACCAAAUCUAUGGUAGUUAUAGAAACUGAAGAAGAUAAUAACAACAGCAGAACAAAAUCUGUCAUACAUAGAGUUAGGGAUGUAAGGAAAUUGGUUAAAAACACAUACAACCUGUCUUUCAAAGCAUCGCAUACAACCGCUACCGCAGAAGACACACCAAUUCAAGAGAAAAGAGAGAAACCACCACAAACUCCUCCAGCCCUGCACAUUGAAUGCAAAGCUAUUAGUUGGAAGGACAAGCAAACAUCAGGCAGUAAAGCAAUCCAGUGGCAAGAUGAAACACAGGCUGUUGACAUAUCAAAAAUAUCACAACCGAGGGAGGGCGCAGAGACAAGCAGAGAUACUGAUAUCACUGAAAUAACAUCCAAAGCCUCUUUGCCAAAGAUACUGCCUUCUGAACAUAAAGCGACAGAUUUCCAGUGUGCAACCUUAGAUGGAUUAAAUGAAUAUGAGAGAUCUUCCAUUUACUCUGAUCAGAGUACUAAGCAAGGGAUGCCCCCAAGACCCCCCAGUAAGGAGAAGGAAGUGUCUGCAUUGGUGGUUCUGCCGGAUGGCACAUCCAAAACAUUUCAGAAUACCUUUGACUCUAAAAUCACUGACCCCACUCAAAUAAAAGCUGCAAGCAGCAGCAGCCACUCUGUAUCUAUGCUACUUAAAGAGAAAGGAAUGCAGGCUGACAUUGGAGUUUGUGAUGUUCUUACUAUUAGUGAGAGUGCUAUAGCUAAACAUGUGAACAGGCUUGAGGUACCUUUACAGGUCUGUUUAUCAGAAGAUAUCUCAAGUGAAGCACAAGAAAACACACAAAAUACAGCAUUGUCUUGCAAUCUAACACCUCUUGGCAACAGUUCCUUGAGGACAUCCCAUUGUCAUGAUGGCCCUCACUUUAAGCCAAAAGAACAAAGUGACAGUCCCAAAGGAAUGCUGACAGAACAAUCUUCAUUACAACAAACAGAGGAAGAAAAGAAGAAAAUAACUGCCACCAAAACUAUGACACAAAUGCCAACUAACCUAACAACAUUAGUUAAGCCAGAGGUGAGGUCUUUUUCAAAUAAUUCAAAAAAUAAUGCUGUGACAACAACUGCAUCAAAAGAGAUUGAGUUACCCAUACAAGUGAGGUCAAUAUCCAGUGAUAGGCUAAAGACAUUUGUGCCUCCAAAACCCAGCUAUAAACAGUCCUUUGCAGAAAUUAGGUCAAUGUUAAGUGAUCCACCCAAACAAGAUAUCCAUACGGUGUCUCUUAUUAAACAGCAAACCAAAUUAACUGGUGAAUCAAAGAAAAAUGAGAUGCCAGCAACACUGAUAGUCAAGGAUCAACAGGCCUCAUCAAGCAAUACAAAAAGAUUGGCUCUAUCGGCUGUUUCAAGCUGCAAACCAUCACCCAUUCCAUUGACAACAGCUCCAAGUUCUGUGCAGAAAUCCACUACAAUGACAUUGGCCAGUGUGGAUCAGCAGCAAUCUUCAACCAGAAGCACUCACCAGCAACUGACUACAUCAAUUAAUCAAGACCAGUCAAUACUAGUUAGUUAUUUUGCGUCCAAUCCAUCCGUGAGGCCCACAUGUUCAAAGGCCCAUAGCCACACACAACCUGUGUCAAGAGUAUCACCUAAUAACAGAUUUCACACAGACGACCAUCAUUUCUAUGCUACUGAUGACCCCCCCAGCUAUGAUGAGCAAGAGAGUUUCAGCCCACUAUGGUUGUCAGAUUUGCACCCACAAGAGCCAUACAGGUAUCAUCCAACCACUAAGCAAUCUCUAUGUUCCUGCACAUCAUGUUCCCACUUACAUCGAGGUCAUCCCGACCACAGCUCACAAGAACAGAUUCCACCAGCCUCUCAGUCUCCAGGCCAAGUCUUCACCUGUCCAGUAGCUCCUCCACAAGCUCAGGUUCAUCCUCAUCAAUGCAGGCCAGAUGGCCAGGCCCAAAAUUACCCAAGAGUCUCACCAAAUACCACAAUAUCCCAUGUUCCAGCUUUAAUUCAGCCUUUGCACCACCCAAGAGCCUGUCCUGUUGCAAAUACACAACCCUAUGGUGAUGACCAAUCACCAACUUCUGGGCAGCACAGGGACAGACGUCCAGCUAAUCAUCAUUCUCCACAAGUAGCAGGUCCUGCACCAUAUCACGAGUACCCUCAUUCAGCCAACAUGUCUACUAUGUCUACUCUGGAUCCCAGACCUCAGUUGUUUAAUCCCCAAGAUUUGCCACCAUCCUUUGGUCAUGAUUAUGGGAAUGAAGGUCCAGGUGGAGACAGUGUAUUGUAUCCAGAGAAUCCAAGUGGACUCAGCUGUGGCCAAGGACCUCGUCGUGUACUUCUUGAUCCUGAGACUGGUAAAUACUUUUAUAUCGAGGUACCAAUGCAGCCACUCAGAAAAAUGCUGUUUGAUCCAGAAUUGGGCCAGUAUGUGGAAGUUCUAAUACCACAGCAGGCAAUGUCCCACUCUGGGCUGUACCCACCAGCUGCACCACCAUUCUCCUCUCUGCACAAUCCAGAGUUGUAUGCACCACAGUAUCUUCCUUAUGCAAUACCAUCUUACCCAGCAAUGCCCAGCAGUGCCCAGCAAGUACGACAUCCAGAGCUGCCUGCUGUCCCCACAACACUUCACCAGACUUCCUUAAGAUACGGAAGCCCUGAUAGCCAGAUUCCAAAAAAUGAACCAAAAGGCCACUCAUCGCUGGAUCAAAGCUAUUUAGAGAGCAUGUAUUACAUUCCCACUGGGAUGAAUACAAGUCCAAAUUCUACCCCUUCAGAUUUCAAGCCACCUUCAAGCAUACCUCCUGAAGGAAGAAGAGCAUGAAAUGACAGUAGAAGGAUGUGGCCUGUUUACAUUGUAAAUCUGUUCUAGACACUUAUAGUCAAAAGUUGUGGUUUCUCAGUUGGAAGACUAUAGGGCUGUUCUCACCGAAUGCAUUUUUGCAUUCAUCUGCACUGUUUUAAAAUGUUUUCUCUCUUUUGUAAACAUAUGCUAGACGGAUAUCUUUGAUCAUUGUGCCACAUCUUGCUGUUGUUGUUUUUUUGUCUUAUUUUUUUUCUUUGCAGCAUCUCGUGCAGGAGCGCAGCAUUUUUAAGGUUAUUAAAAGUCAUUUUAAGACCCUUUACCUGCUUUAAGACAUCUACAUUUAGCUUUUUUUAGUGCAAGAACACGUUCAGUCUGAAUAGCUCCUAAGGUUGCAGAAUUAUUGUUGUUUUUGCUGCUUUUAUUUCAAACUAACUGUAAAAAGAUGUUAAACAUGUUAAAUACAAAAUUUCAAAAAAUCUCUAACAUUUUACAUAUGGUUGGCAAUUAUGUGAAUCAUUCACUUUCCUUUUAAGUAUCAAUAGGCCAAGCUUAUUCAAUAGUAGUCCUGUUUUUAUUAAAGCUUGCAUUGUUCAAUUAAUAAUAACCUCCUUGAAUACCCUUAAUAGUUACAAGUUAUGUAUUUCUGGGGAUUUAUUUUGUUACAGCUGUAACAAUGUACAGUAUUUAGAAUUUUCACUUCUCUGUUCAGACAUUAAUUCUAAAAUGCAUUAAAUGGCAUAAAUUAAUUUCUUUGUGCAAGGCCUUUCAUGUACCCUGGAAUGUGCAAGAAAAAGAACGCUGUACAUUUGGCUAGAAAGGAAUGUGAAAGCAAGAUCCACCAGGGUUCAUCAGUAUCAAAACUGCUUCAAAAUUGUUUUCUGUCAUCACAAGAUUGCCAUUUACUAUUUUUUUUUUUUUUACACACGGAUGU